UUCACACAUUCACUGCAGUUUGUCAUAAAAGAUGGUCUGAAAGACACCAGUGGGCUGUCAAGCACCCUAGCAAAGCUAUCCCGUGCAGCCAACCUCCUCCACAGUGGCACCUCGUUUAAAGACUGCUUUGAAGCGUGUUCUGGUGAUGCAACAAUUCCAACAGCGAAUGCCACACGAUGGAAUUCCACUCUGAAGCAGGUGAAGGCUUAUGUGCAUUUAGACAUGCAAAAGCUGUCCAGUGUGUUGGAAUCAGUGGGGCACAAAAGCCUUAUCUUAUCCCCGCGAGAGUAUGCUCAGCUUAAAGAACUGAUCGAAGUUCUUGAUCCGUUCUUAGAGGCAACCAACCUAACUCAGGGUGAGACUACUGUCACCGUCAGUGUGAUUGUGCCCUGUGUCCUCACUCUGCGCUGUUACCUGCAGGAAAUAAGAGGAAAAGCCAGAUACUGUGGGCCUCUGGUGAGAGCUCUGGAGAGCUCCUUGAAAACAAGGUUUGCAGACGUUUUCAGUGCAGUCAAGAUACCAGGAUGUGAGCCGGCUGAAGGAAGAGGCCCCACCAAAUUUCCUUUCACCAAUGCCUACUUCAUAGCAUCUGUGUUGGACCCAGCAUUUGGCUUCCAGCGGCUAGAACAUGAUGUGCAGCUGGACAGUGACGUCAAAGAUGUGCUGAAGACUGAGAUCAAAGAGUAUAUAAAGGCAGAGGGUGACAAGCAAGCGGUAUCAACAGCAGAUGCAGCGGAAGCAACAGGACCAGGGGAAGGUGAACUUUUAGAGUCUCCUCCUGAGAAGCAGUUGAGAAUGUUCUCCCACUAUAGGAGGACUCCCUCCUCCACCGAGAAGAAGCCGUCUGGCCAGGCUCAGUUGACUGCAUACCUCAACUUGAUCGCUGAGCAGGACUCUGACUCAGUCCCGUGCCUCAGGUUUUGGCAGCAAAACAAAUCCAAAUUCCCUACCCUCUAUCAGAUUGCCACACAGGUAUUCUCUAUCCCUACCUCCAGUGCGCCCAUUGAAAGGGUAUUUAGUCAUGGAGGCAUUUUGAUGAGGCCUCACCGUGCAAGGUUGAGUAGUUCCAUGCUGUCAGAUCUUAUGUUUUUGAAAUGCAACGUGUAUGCUUAAAACUAGUGCUACCAGCCUUUUGUUCCUAACUAUUCCUGAGAGACAAUGUCUUUUGACUAGUUUUUAUGAAUGUAUUGUAUGCUGUGGAACUUACUUCUGUAUACUGUUUCCACCAUUUGCUAAUAGCAUGCUAUUCACAGCUAUCAAAUGUGUUUUGAAGCACAUCCAGUGUUCAGAAUGUCAAAGAAAUUCAGACUGUUCUAAAAAUGUGUGUGUGCGCGCAUGCUUGCGCGUGCAUGUGUGCGAGUGUGUGGGUGUGCAUUUGUUUGGCUAUCGUGUCACAAAGUAAAUAAACUCCCUUUG